AGCACGAGGUCACUGAGGGAGUGAUCAUAUGGGUGCUUGAGCCUGUGGUGCUCAAACCCCUAAUAAAAAAUUGACUUAAUUAGUUGCAUUUCUAUCUAUCUAUCUAUAUAUAACAUAAGACAUAAUUUUAAUUGUUGUGUUUCCAUCAAUAGGGACGGAACUUGUGCUUACAUCACCUCUUUGUGUUCUACGUCGCUCUGCCGAUUUAUUGACGACAACCCGCCUUUGGAUUCCAUCGUUUGAAACCAAAGAUGGCAUGGCUACUCCUUGGUGUGGUGUUGUUAAUUCACGGGGCUGUGCAGUGUGAAGAAACCUUCGAACAAGAUCUGGAUCCUGAAGUUAACAUGAACAUUAGUCAGAUUAUUUCCUAUUGGGGGUAUCCGGCUGAGGAACACGAAGUAGUCACCGAGGACGGCUAUAUCCUGAGCGUUAACCGAAUCCCAUAUGGAAUAAAGAACAAGGGAUCCAAAGGUACAAAGCUGAGGCCUGUGGCAUUCCUCCAGCAUGGUCUGCUGGCAGCCGGGAGCAACUGGAUCACCAACCUGCCCAACUCCAGCCUGGCUUUCAUCCUGGCCGACGCCGGCUACGAUGUGUGGAUUGGCAACAGCCGGGGCAACACCUGGUCCAGGAAACAUGUGACGCUGCGCCCAGACGAGGAUGCAUACUGGGCUUUCAGCUUUGAUGAAAUGGCUAAGAAGGACCUCCCUGCAGUGAUAAACUUCAUUACCAAGAGUACAGGGCAGGAGCAGAUCUACUAUGUGGGGCACUCCCAGGGCACUACCAUAGCUUUUAUAGCCUUCUCUACCAUGCCAGAGCUGGCAAGCAAGAUCAAGAUGUUUUUUGCCCUGGCCCCUGUGGCUAAAAUUUCCAAUUCUAAGAGCCCCAUGACAAAACUGUCCAUUGUUCCAGAGUUCCUGGCCUGGAAGCUUUUUGGAAAGAAGGUGUUUUUCCCCCAGAGUACCUUGAUAAAGUGGUUUGCUACGGAAUUCUGUAGUCAUGAGCGACUCGAUGUCCUGUGUGGCAACAUAUUCUUUGUCCUGUGUGGUUUUGACGAGAAAAACCUAAACAUGUCUCGUACCCCAGUGUACACGACACACUGCCCUGCUGGUACGUCUGUUAAGAACAUGCUUCACUGGAGACAGUUGGCCAAGUCUGGGAAACUUGGGGCUUUUGACUAUGGCUGGAGAGGAAACAUGGCACAUUAUAACAAGUCGACUCCCCCGUUGUACUAUGUAAGGGACAUGAAGGUCCCGACAGCCCUGUGGUCUGGUGGGCAUGACACACUGGCGGACCCCAAGGAUGUGACUGUGCUCCUCACCCAGAUCCCCAACCUGGUCUACCACAAGGACAUCCCUCACUGGGAGCACCUGGACUUCAUCUGGGGCCUGGACGCACCAGAGCUCAUGUACAACCAAAUUGUUAAACUCAUGAAUCAGCAUGCCUAAAGCCUUCGGGGACCAGAAACUAGGCCUUUUUGAAAUGUUUAUAAUGGGUACAUUUUUAUCAGAACCAAAUGUUUCCAAAUAUAUUGAGCCAAAUCUAACUAAAACAAGACAUCUUUCUGAUGUUCAAAUUGAGGUGAAAUUGAAGGGGAAAAAAAUAUGGUUGCAUAAAAGUGUUGAGAAAAGGCUUCUGGCGAUGACUUUCUAUGCAGUGAUGUAAUUUUGUUAAAAAUUAGUGACUUAAAAUUAUUACAGGAUCAACAUAUAUUUAAUAAUAUAAUGUGAAUCAGUAACAUUUAAAACAUUAAGAUUGCCUUAGGCUUAAACUACUUUUUUAAAGAUGUCCAUUCCAUACCUCAGUAGUUUCUUGCUAGUUUUUAAUUCAGUGAAAUUGUUUAUUUUCUAAAAUGUGUAUUACACCAUGCACUUGUUACUGCAAAUUUUCUAUUUUUUAAUUUUGAAAAGAGUAAUGCAGGCUUAUUUAUGUUAGUUUGAGCUAUACGUCAUGAUAUAUUUCAGUUUAUACCAGGUUGCAAUUUUGACCUAUAAAAUGGUAAUGUCAAAGAACUAGUAUAAAAACAACUUAAGUAGACUUCUGAGAAACUUACCUUUCUAAAUGUUCUUGUUAGUACUGUAACAUUGCUUUAUACACCUUUAAUACAUACAGCUGAAAAAAUUGAAGUAUUUUUGGACACAAUAAAUAUAUUUUUCAUUGAAAA